AUGGAAGAGCAUAAAGAAAACCAAAACCAGGAUGCUGUUGACAAUGACACCAUCUCUUUAAUCUUAUUCAACCACGAAACUGUUGUACCAAUUGAAAAUCAACCACUCAAUGAUGCAAACAAUGCUUUAGACACUAUGAUUAAGUAUGGAGCAAAUGGCGGAACUAGAUUUGAUUUGGCAAUACGGGAAGCAGGAUCUUUGAUUGAGAAACAUUAUAAUCCAAAAAAGUCACCAUUGUAUCUCUACACAGUUUUGUUUAGCAGCAAUUCUUCCAGCUCAGUAUUAGAAAAAAUGUCUAAUACCGCACAUAAAUAUCUUUCAUCCGAUCUUGAACCACUGGCUUUAAAAUGUCAGUUCAAUGAAGUUAAUAAUGAGGUGGAUUUGGGUACUCAUUUUUCAUCUGUCUCCAAUUCAAUAAAAAAUUCACGCACCAGCUCAGAUACCUCAAUUAUACCAAGUUUGAGCAUAUCGUAA